UCUCUCUCUCUCUCUCUCUCUCUCUCUCUCUGACACACACACACACACAAGCUCACAUGGAAAAACUGAAGUCAUCCCUGCAGCCCCCAACUUAUGGAAACCUAAUCACAGUUCUCAGCAUUGAUGGAGGUGGAAUAAGAGGGAUCAUCCCUGGAACCAUCCUCAGCUUUCUGGAGUCUGAGCUUCAAAAGCUGGAUGGUGAGGAUGCAAGAAUUGCAGAUUAUUUUGAUAUUAUUGCAGGGACUAGCACAGGUGGACUUGUUGCUGCCAUGCUAACUGUACCGAACGAAAAGAAUCGCCCUUUGUUUGUAGCCAAGGAUAUCAAAGACUUUUAUCUUGAACACUGCCCUAAAAUUUUCCCACAAGUCAGUUUUCCAUUUCCUCGUAUUAAAAAGAUAAUCAAAGCACUGUCAGGACCAAAAUACGAUGGGAAGUAUCUCCAUAACAUCAUUCAGGAAAAACUAGGAAACAAGCGAUUGCACCAGACAUUGACUAAUGUUGUAAUACCAACAUUUGACAUCAAGAGACUCCAACCAACCAUCUUUUCUACAUAUGAGGUGCAGAACAAACCAAGCUUGGAUGCUUUACUCUCCGAUAUUUGCAUUUCAACCUCAGCAGCACCAACUUAUCUUCCUGCACACUAUUUCGAAACCAAUGACCUUGCAGGAGAAGUGAGACAAUUUAACCUAAUUGAUGGUGGUGUUGCAGCAAAUAAUCCGACGUUGGUUGCAAUUGGUGAAGUAACAAAGCAGAUCAUACAGAAAAAUCCCGGGUUCUUUCUUAUCGAAGAAAUGGACUAUGGCAGGUUAUUGGUUAUAUCCUUGGGAACUGGCUCAUUCGAAGCAGAAGAGAAAUACAUUGCAGAAAAAGUGGCUAAGUGGGGUAUAUUAGGGUGGUUAACCACCGGUGGUUCCACCCCAGUGGUAGAUGUGUUUACUCAAGCUAGUGCUGAUAUGGUUGAUUUCCACCUUUCUGUGGUUUUUCAAGCCCUUCGCUCCGAAAAGAAUUACCUCCGCAUUCAAGAUGACUCAUUAAAUGGGAUAGUGUCUUCUGUUGAUAUAGCUACUACGGAAAAUUUAAACGAGCUUGUAAAAGUUGGUGAAAGGUUGCUAAAGAAACCAAUUUCGAGAGUAAAUUUGGAGACUGGCAUGGUUGAGUCCUCUGAGCAUGAGACUAAUGAAGAGGCUCUGAGAAGGUUUGCAAAACUACUCUCCAAAGAGAGGCAACUGCGUGAUAUUAAAUCACCACAUUAACAAGUUGCAAAUUGCAAAAUAGCUAUUUUAAGAUAGUGGUUUAUAAGUGUUGUAUAUAUUCUCGGUUAGUGGUGAAAGCUAUUCCUUGUAUUUUUUUUCCUUUUCUUUUUUUGUUUUUUGUUUUUUGUUUUUUGUUUUUCUGUUUUUUUUUGUGUGUGUGUGUGUUUUGCUUGUUCUUCUUUAGUAAAGCCCCAAUAUAUGGAACCACUCUCUAUUCUUUGUGACUAUUGAAUAAGUAGUACGUAUAGACUUCUAAUUAAUAUCGUGCGUGCGAGUAAUAAGAAAAGAUGAAGGAAAAAAAGUGAAAAACUAAUCUUAGAUUAGCUCUAUUUUUAUUAUACACAUUAUUAUAUAUGUAGCACCA